AUGGCUCACCAGUGGACCAAGCAGCAAAAGAUCCAGAGGGGCAUCUGGGCCGUCGCCUUUUCCGCCUGCAUCUUCGUUGGCACCAUCACUGGCGCCCAGCUGAAGACAGACAAGGAAAAGGAAGAGGCAAGUUCAUUUCUCAUCCUGGCCAUCACCCAGUUCCGCGCCACGACACCAGCCGAUCAGAUCGCCGCUCUCGAGGACCAGAAGCACGUAUUGCUAGGACAAAGGGCUACAUUACAACGGAAACUAGAUGCUUUCCACGAGACUGUCAAGGAGCGAGAAAGAGAAAAGGCCAAGUGGGCGGAAAGAGCAGAAAGGGCAGAGAGGGCAGAAAGGAACAAGUGA